UUUACCAGAGGAGAGAUUAGAGGAAAUGAGCAGCUCCACAACUCAACAGCUCAACAAAACCGGAGAGGAGGUCACCGGGGUGCAAAGAAACCGGAGGGUAAAAACAACAACUUUACAGCCGGAAACUGGGGUGACACAAAGGUCAAGGAAGUCCAAAGGUGCAACGUCUGCUAUCAGCCCAAAAUCAACACAUUUCACUGCCAGAGCACAUUCACCGGAGUCUCCAUCUCCUGAAGGACAAACUAAAAUCCAGACAGGAUUACCAGGGGCUGCAGAAAAGGGACAAUCAAAAAAUUUAGGUGAUAGAAAAGAUGCAGAAGACAAGCUGCUGGAGAAAGUGAAGAAAAACAAAAAGCCUAACAAGCAAACAGGCAAAUCAAAGGGGAAAAGUGUUCUAAUUCAGGAAGAUGCUGAGAUCCAGAGUGUCCCCGAUGUUCCCUCUUCUACCUCAAAGAAAAAGAAAAAGAAAACAGAAAAAGAGAAAAAAGAAGAGAUUGAAGAAAAGGUGAACCCUAUAAAAGCCCAGAACUCCAUAUUUAAAGCUAAAAAGAAGAAAAAGGGUCAGCCGGCAUUUGUUGUAGGUAAACCUCAACCGCAGCAAGCUGAAUGGAUGACAAAUCCAGAAGAUGAGCCAGAGACACAGAUGAGCCAUGAGAAAGCGGUGUCGCCUUGCAAUACAGAGGACACCCAACUAGAAAACACACAAGACCACAGCUAUAUUGACUCUGGAGAUGACGUGGAUGCUUAUACAGACUCCGAGAGCUCAUAUACACAUGCAGACUCUUUCAGAUCGGUUUACAGCACUAGGAGAUCGCAGGGCUCACUCAUUACAGCACAUUCGGAUGUCAGCCUUCACAGACCCUCACAGACGUCCAUCAGGAGCAGCUUAAUGGGAACAGCAGCUCCCUGCGGCCCAGCACAACUUUCUCUUAUCCACCUGCCUCCUCAGUCAGCAGGCUCAGCAAUCCUUCCUGCCUUAGAUUACAACAAAUCUGAGCCAGACCCCACUAAAUCUGAUGCAGGCCACAGUAUUAAAAGCAGUGAGGCUCCAACUGACCCAGCAGACAAAAAAGCUGCAGCGCUGACAGAAAGGGCAGAGCGCCGUCGUCUGGAGGUGGAGAAGAAAAGGCGAGAGAAAGAGGAGGAGAAGAAGAGACAGCUAGAAAAAGAGGCGACAGAAGAGAGGAUGAGGCUUGAACUGGAAGAAGAACAGAGGAAGAGAUCUGAGGAUACAAGGUUACAGAGGAUUAGAGAAGAAGAAGAGAGACAAAGAAGACUUGCAGAGGAGAUGGAGAGACAGAAGAGAGAGCAGGCAGAGAAGGAGAGGGAGAGAAGACGACAGGAGGAGAAGAGGAGGCUGCUGGAACGACUUCAGAGAGAAAGACAAGAAGAGGAGAAACGGCAGGCUGUUGAACUGGAACGCCAGCGUCUGGAGGAGGAAGCUCGGAGGGAGGAGGAGUGCAGGAAGCUGUCAGAGAUGGAGGAGACGGAGAGGAUGGAGUACCUGCGCAGACAGCAGGAGGAGGAGGAGGAGAAGAUGAGAGCUGCUGAGGAGAGGAGGAGGAGGGAGGAGGAAGCAGCGGCCAGCGCAGAACUUGAAGCCAGACUGCAGGCUCAGCUGUUUGCCAGGCAGAGGGCAGCACUGGAGCAGCACUUAAAGUUUCACAGGGGUCUUUUUGCGGAGGCUGAAGGACUGGAGCAGACACAGGACAUCUCUCGGCCCUGGGUUUUUUCCUAUUUCGCCCUGCUGAAGCUGCUUGGCUUGGCUGAGCCCACAUCAGAGGACACACUCAAAGACAUGCUGUGAUUCUUUCACAUAGAUUUGCACAGUACAAUUAAAGCUUUGAGACCAGUUACACACAGAAAUGAUUACAAUACAAAAACUGGCGUGAUGCUGAUUUCUAAAAGAAGUUCAUUAAUUUUCCUUCAGCGUAGUUCCUUAUUUAUCAGUUGCUACAGCGGAAUGAACCGCCAACUAUUCCUGCAUAUGUUUUUCGCAGCGGAAGCCCUUCCAGCCACAACCCAGUACUGGUUAACACCUAUACACUCUUGCGUUCACAUACACACUCAUAUAUAUGGCCAUUUUAAUUUACCCAAUGGAGCACAUGGAGGAAACUCACGCGAACACGGAGAGAACAUGCAAACUUAACACAGAAAUGCCAACUGGCCCCAGCCGGGACUCCAACCAGCAGACUUCUUAUUGUGGGGCGACA